CAUCGUUUUAAAUGCUGGUAACAUCUGUGUAACCAUUAGCAAAUAGCAAUCAUGAAUCACCCUUGUAAACUCAUCAUCAUGUACAAUCAUGUCCUCUUUAUCUUCCUCUUUCUCCACCCCAUUUCCUCUUCAAAACUCCACAAAACCAAGCUUCUCACAUCAGAUUUUCUCUCUGAAUCCACACCACCCACUGAGUACUUCGAGGUAACCGCACCCAUUGAACUCCCCAAAACCAAACCUUGCACACACCACAUUCUCCACCAUGACUUUGGGUUCACCUAUGGUCAACCCCCAGUUCUUGCUAACUACACCCCUCCCUCUCACUGCCCCUCUCACACCUUCUCCAAGAUCGUUCUUGAGUGGAAAGCCACUUGCAAAGGAAGACAAUUUGAUCGCAUUUUCGGUGUUUGGCUUGGUGGGGUCGAGCUUCUCAGAAGCUGCACCGCAGAGCCAAGAGCCACUGGCAUUGUUUGGAGUGUCCAAAAGGACAUCACAAGGUACCACUCUUUGUUUUCAACUCCCCAAACCCUUGCUGUUUUUCUGGGAAACGUUGUGGACCAAACCUACACUGGGGUUUACCACGUUGAUGUCGCCAUUUACUUUUAUCCUUCCAAUGAUGAUGUUUCCAAGUCAAAGGUUGGAGCUUUGGCAUUUGGGAGUGGUGUUCCUGCGGAUUUGGUCCUGCCCAUUUCCAGGAACCUUCCACUGAAUAGUGGGUUGUGGUUUGAAAUUGAGAAUUCCACUGAUGAGGGUUUGAAGGAGUUCAAGGUGCCCCAAAAUGCCUAUAGGGCUGUUUUGGAGGUUUAUGUUUCAUUUCAUGAGAGGGAUGAGUUUUGGUACACUAACCCUCCUGAUGAGUAUGUUAUUGCCAACAACCUUAGUGGUGCGGAUGGGGGUGGUUCGUUUAGGGAGGUUGUGGUUACUCUUGAUGGGAAUGUUGUUGGUGCAGUUUGGCCUUUUACUGUGAUCUACACUGGAGGGAUUAAUCCCCUCUUGUGGAGGCCUAUUACUGGGAUUGGAUCAUUUGAUCUUCCAUCCUAUGAUAUAGAGAUUACUCCCUUGUUGGGGACGUUGUUGGAUGGGAAGAGCCAUUCGGUGGGGUUCAGUGUGACCAAUGCGUUGAAUGUUUGGUAUAUUGAUGCAAAUUUGCAUCUUUGGUUGGAUGGGAAGAGCAGUAGAACAGAAGGAGGGCUUGUGGAGCUUGUUGACAAGCCUUUGGCUGUGGCUCUGGUGUCUGACUUUGAAGGUUUGAAUGGAAGCUUCUGGACUAGUGCAACGAGGUCCGUUUUUUCCUCUGGAUGGGUCAGAUCCUCCUAUGGGAAUAUUAGUACCAGUGUUGUUCAAGAUUUUGCUUACAACAGUUCAAUGGUGUUGGAGAAGAAUGGGGAUGAGCAAACUGUGUAUCAAGUGAUUAUUUCCAAUGGCAGUGUUCAUGCUGACCUUACAUCACUCUUUGUUGAUGACACUUACAGAAAAUUUUCCCUAUACUUCUAUGACAUAGAUAAGCCGGGUCAGGACCCCGAUACAACUUUCUCUAUUUCGAAUAUUACCUUGGGAAUUGAUGAGAACAAGUCUAGGAGCUCGGCUUUUGGAGUUUCAAAGAGUGCUCUCAAAAAUGUGCAGGAUGGGCAUGCUACUAUGGUUAUCAAAGGGAAUUUGGUUGUUAGGGGACUUGGUGAAACACAGCAAGAUUACCGUUACACAAGUGAUGGCCAUUGUUAUUCUAGGAAAGUUGGCAGCUCAAAUUACACAAUUCUCUACGACAAAGUCGGACAUUCAUGUAACAAAAGAAGUCAGUCUCAUCAUGGUCUUAAUUCUAUCAAAAAGUUGUUUAUUAUCUAGGGUCGUUUCUGUUAAGAACAGAGAAGUUUGGUCUACCCUGCUUGGUCCUACAAGUCCUUACUCUCCAUGAAAAUUUUCCUAUCUAGCUCCAAUUGCAGGUAUUUGUUCUGUGCUUACCGUUCCAGUUUGUUAUUUAUUUGCAAUUAAGAUUUGUGAGUCUGUUUUACUCUAUUUUCAACAAAUAUUGCAAUAAUAAAAUUGUGAUUUUCUUCAA